AUGUUUUGGGACAAGUUAAUCAGCGGUGACCCGAAUUUCAAAACUAAUACAUGCUUCCGUUUAGAUCGUCUGUACCUCGCAUCUUAUGACUCUCCUCCCAGCUCCAGGACCCCAUUCCCUUUCCAUCUGGAUCAACCCAAAUCUCCAAGCAAGCGCGCUCGUGCGCAACCUGCGACACCAAGCAAGCGCCGAUCGCCUGUGUACUUCACCAUUGAUGAUACUCUGCUGUACAAUGCAUUCCACGCUGAUUUCGGUCCCCUUCACAUUGGUCACCUGUACCGGUUUGCGGUUCUGUUCCACGAGAUUCUGGGUGACCCAGCGAACAGCGACCGUCCCGUUGUGUUCUACAGCAAGACAGAUCCGCGCAGUCGGGCAAACGCAGCCUGUAUGGUUGCAUGCUACAUGGUCAUGAUUCAAUCGUGGCCACCUCAUCUGGCCCUGGCACCCAUCGCACAGGCUGAUCCUCCCUACAUGCCUUUCCGCGAUGCUGGAUACAGCCAAGCUGAUUUCAUCUUGAACAUUCAAGACGUUGUCUAUGGUGUGUGGAAGGCCAAGGAGCAGUCCCUAUGCGGACUUCGCGACUUUAACCUCGAAGAAUAUGAGAAGUUUGAGCGCGUUGACAUGGGCGACUUCAACUGGGUGACCCCGGAUUUCCUCGCCUUUGCUUCUCCACAGCAACAGCCGGUCGCACCCAUCCCCGCAAAUACCCCCGAGUACGACGCACUGCCCACCACGAUCUCGGAGAUAUCCUCAUCCAAGCUUCCCAUGCCAUUCAAGAACGUCCUUGCACACUUCCAUCAGCGCAAUGUAGGUCUUGUUGUGCGACUCAACUCAGAGCUUUACUGCCCUUCAUACUUCACCGCAAUGGGAAUCUCCCACAUUGAUAUGAUCUUUGAGGACGGCACCUGUCCUCCUCUGCAGCUCGUUCGCCGCUUCAUCAAGAUGGCCCACGAGAUGAUCACUGUCAAGAAGAAAGGUAUUGCAGUCCACUGCAAGGCUGGUCUUGGUCGUACGGGUUGCUUGAUUGGUGCUUAUCUGAUCUACAAGUAUGGUUUCACCGCCAAUGAGGUCAUCGCAUUCAUGCGCUUCAUGCGUCCUGGCAUGGUUGUUGGACCCCAGCAGCACUGGCUCCACCUGAACCAGGGCUCUUUCCGGGAAUGGUGGUUCGAGGAUAGCAUGCGCGAGAAGCUCGCUCAGUCUGUACCCGCAACCCCGAGAGUCUCGACCAAGAAGCGUAGCAGCAAUGGUGUGGUUUCCACUCCCCCCAACAACAGCCACUCUAAGCGCGCAGCACUCGGAGAGAUCGACCACAACGAUGCUGCUGCUUACCCAGACCAGGAUCUUCCUGCACCUACUCCUGGUCAGCCCCGCAAGUCCCACCGCAAGGACUCACGGCACCAUCCUUACUCCCGCACUGCCUCGGGCAACCUGGCUGUGGAGAGUGAGCAGAGAGCCCCGCGCAGUCACCGGAAGAGCAACGAAAGCAGUGAGAGCGAAGAGGAGAUUCAGCUCCGCAGACUUGCCAAGCGAUCUUCCAGAUCUCCUGUGGCUUCACCUACAUCACGGUCCAUCAGCUACUCCGCGACCGUCACGGCUAGCUACACCCUUGCUGAAGACAACCACCACGACCAAGAAAAUUGGGUUGGCCACUCGGCACCAAAGACUCCGGUCAGCCGAAAGAGCGGCACAGCUCCAAUCUCUGUCAGCAAGGUCCGUUCCAGCCCUCGCCGGGUGACCGACAGCAACCGCAGCGAGUCCCGCGGAGUUCGCAAGCCUAGUGGCCGCGUCGGCAGCAACACCAUUAGCCCAGCCCGGCCAACCAAAACUGUCCACUGA